GUAACGUUUCAAGAAUGACACGUAAAAUUCGGCGCAUCAUUCGUUCUGCAGCUUUGGCAUUAUUCUUAUUUAUCCUUUUGCGUUUAUUCGGAGUUUUCAAACCACAACAACCCCACCAAGCUUAUCCAGGGAUUCCUUCAAUUUCCCCUUUUCCGAUGUUUCAAAAUACAGAAGAUUUCAGUACGGCAGCUGAAAAGACACAAGAAAUUCACAUAGUAGCAGCUGUUUGUGGCAAUCGUACUACUCAAGCCUUAGUUAUGAUGAAAUCUGCACUGAUUAUGUGUAGUAAUUUCAUCAGAUUCACCUUGUUUGUCGACAGCCAAUCAAGUGGCAUCUUGAAUCAAACAAUACGACUCUGGCCCGGCAACAUUUUAAAACGUAUGUCGUUUGAUCUACGUCCGUUCAGUUACCCUGACGAUGAUGGCGCUGAAAUAUGGAAGAAAUUGUUCAGACCUUGUUCGUCUGCAAGGCUAUUCUUUCCAAGUUGGCUUAAGGAAGUGGAUUCAAUAUUGUACAUGGAUGUCGACGCUGUUUUCCUCAGUUCUCCAUUGCACAUUUGGAAACACUUGACCAAAAUGAAUCACGUGCAAAUGGUUGCUCUCGCUCCUGAGAAACAGAGUUAUGUAACCGGAUGGUACCCACAAUUAGCAAGACAUCCAUAUUAUGGGAAAUUCGGUAUGAAUGCAGGAGUGAUGUUGAUGAAUUUGACCAAAAUGAGACAGUUCGGUUGGGAAAAACACAUCGUUCGCGUAUACGAACGAUACAAAACGAAAAUAGAGUAUGGUGACCAAGACAUAAUAAAUGUCUUUUUCCAUUUUCAUCCUGAAAAGCUUUACGUCUAUGCUUGCAACUAUAACUACAUCUCACAUCAGUGUGCCGAAAUGAGCCUUUGUAAAGAAGCUGAACAACAAGGAAUCCAUAUCCUUCAUGGAAAUGCAGAUGCUUUUGUUAGCGACAGACUUCCUGCCCUAAAGGCAAUCUACACUUCCAUCCAACAGCAUUCCUUUGGUGACAGCUUACAAAUGCUGUUUGCCAAUAUGAAAAAUAAUCUUAUGAAAACUCCAACUUCAAACUCCAGUUGCUUUCAGGUUAUGAGCACCUUGCCCAUGCUCUUGAUGGAUACAUAAAUACACCGGGACGGUUUUGAGCAAAAUGUGAGCGUGUUUGAAUGUAGACUGAAACCUAUAGUAUAACUACUAGUGCACCUUUUUUAUACUGUUGUUGUGAAACAUGGCAGAAAAUAUACGGCAACAACGACA